GGUCGUUUCAGUGUGGGACCGGUGGCAGGCAGUCGGCCACCAAUGUCUGCUGCACCCGGUGUGUGAUGGAGUUUCGUUGACUGUCAGCCUCUGACGCUUCGUGACUCUUGUGUUCGCUGCGUGUGUCCGUUCACAUCGUGAGAUCCGUCGGGAGCAGAGACCGGAGCGACAUGGCGGAGAACAUGAUCAUCAGGGUCCAGUCCCCCAGCGGGAUGAAGAAGAUCCCUGCGACCAAGACGGAGACUGCUGAUGCGUUUUUUGAAAAGGUGGCCACAGAGUUUGGGUUCAUCUCCAAUGGGUUUUCUAUUUACCUGAACCGCAACAAGACCGACGAGCUUCUGUCCCAGAAGGUCUCCCUCGGCAGGCUGAAGAUCAAGCAUGGCGACAUGUUGUAUCUGUACCCGUCAGGCGCCUCCACCUCCUCCGGGGAGGUGAUGGACACGGCCACGCCGCACACAUCUUCAUCUCUACCGUCCAUCUUGUCAUCUUCCUCAUCGUCCAACAUGAUCCCUCGGUCCUUCUCAUCAACCCUGGUCCAGGAGGAUGAAAUUGAUCAGUAUCUGACCAAGCAAGACGGCAAGAUCUACAGGAACAAAGAUCCCCAGUUAUGUCAUCAUGGUGCCCUUGGAAAGUGUGUGCACUGUGUACCGUUAGAGCCUUUUGACGAAGACUACCUGAAUCACCUCGACCCACCAGUGAAGCACAUGUCAUUCCACGCAUACCUGCGCAAGCUGACCGGAGGAUCUGAUAAAGGGAAGUUUGCGGCUCUGGAGAACAUCAGCUGUAAGAUCAAGUCGGGCUGUGAGGGCCACCUUCCCUGGCCAGAGGGUAUCUGCACUAAGUGCCAGCCCAGUGCGCUCACACUCAACAGACAAAAAUACCGACACGUGGACAACAUCAUGUUUGAGAACCACACCAUCGCCAACCGCUUCCUGGACUUCUGGAGGAAGACGGGCAGCCAGAGGAUGGGAUACUUGUACGGAAAGUACACUGAGCACAAAGACAUCCCGCUGGGCAUCAGAGCCGAGGUGGCUGCCAUCUACGAACCUCCACAGAAUGCCACUCAGAACAACCUGGAGAUGUUGGAGGAUCCCAAAGCUGCAGCUGUGGAUGAAAUUGCUGCCAAACUGGGCCUGUGCAAGGUGGGCUGGAUCUUCACGGACCUGCUCUCUGAGGAUACGAGGAUAGGAACUGUCCGCUACACACGAAACAAGGACUCCCACUACCUGAGUGCGGAGGAGUGCAUCACAGCAGGGUACUUCCAGAAUCUACACUCGAACCCCUGCAAGCUCUCGCGAGACGGACAUUUCGGAUCCAAGUUUGUGACGGCGCUGGCGACAGGAAGUCCAGACAACCAGGUGCACUUUGAAGGAUACCAGGUGUCCAACCAGUGCAUGGCCCUGGUGAGAGACGAGUGUCUGCUGCCCUGCAAAGACGCCCCCGAGCUGGGCUACGCUAAAGAGUCCAGCUCCGAGCAGUACGUCCCCGACGUCUUCUUCAAGGACACAGACAAGUUUGGAAAUGACGUCACGUUUCUGGCUCGGCCUCUUCCUGUGGAGUAUCUCAUUAUAGAUAUCACCACCACGUUUCCAAAGGAUCCUCAGUUCACCUUCUGCGCCAAACAACCCUUCCCCAUCGAGAACCGUGAUAUACUCGGAGAGACUCAAGACUUCCACAGUUUAGCCACGUACCUGUCCCAGUGCACCUCCACAUCUUUCUUGGACAUCGUGUCCGACUUCCAUCUGCUCCUCUUCCUCGUCACCAAUGAAGUCAUGCCUCUGAGAGACAGCAUCGGGUUGCUACUGGAGGCAGUGAAGACUUCUAACGAGGAUCUGGCACAGACCUGGAAGAAGUCGGAGCAGUGGGCCACCAUCGAGCAGCUGUGCAGUACGGUGGGGGGGCAGCCCUCCAGCUCUCUGGGGUUCGGGGCCAUGGGGGGCCCCUCAGCCCCGGCCUCCUCCUCAGCCAUGUGGUCCUGCCUCCACUGCACCUUCAUGAACCAGCCCGGCACAGAGCACUGUGAGAUGUGCAGCCUGCCCCACAGUUAAACACCCGCCACCCCCCCACCCCUCCACCCACCUGCGUCACUGAUCUCACACAGCCCCCCCCCCCCAGCUGCCCUCUUAACUUGCCGCUGCACCCGGAGCCGGCUGCUGUGACUCCGGAGGGAUGCACCUGUUUACAUCCAGUUGGUUCAAUGAAUAAAGUUCAAUCAGACUUUCCUUUGUGUCCCGCCUCACAGCGGCUCUGGUGAGUGGCCGAUUCUUUCCCCCCCCCCCCCCCCCCGGCUCAGAUAAAUCCUGCUGUGACUCAGGACGACAGCAAAGACUCGAGUGUCUGGACGUUCGCUCACAUCAGUGCCCCGCUCACUUCGUCUUCUGGAGAAUUUUGCUGUGUAUAAAUCCAUUUGAGGAAUGAAACUGUUAUUUAAUUAAGCGUCUUCUUUUUCUUUUUUUAUCUGAUUGAAGCGAAACCUUAACAUUUUGAAUCUUCAGCGUGGACUCUGCUCCGUCAGGUUUCUACAGGUCUCGAAGACGAGCCUCUUAAAGUACAAUCACCAAACGAGAACGUCUAAAGCUCCCGAGUUGCUGCGUUUAAGUAGACAGUUUAUUUUCAGUAUUGAAUAUCUUUAAAAAUGUUUGGAAAGAAAAGUCCUGGAUUGAGACGGUGGAUGAGAUCCUCCCUGAGUGCAGCUUGUGCUCGACCUUUCAGACCCACGUCCCUCUAACUUGAAGUGGUUCCUGAAGAUCUGUCGCUGGUCUGUUGGAAUUUUAGAUUUGAUGGUUUUGAAGCUUAUUUAAUCACCAUCCAUCGUCUAUAUCACGUCCUGCUUAUAGAAACAACUGGUGCUCUCCACUCCCCCCCCCACGUCACAUCCCAGCACCUGCUUCUCGUCUUUCCUUUUUCUCGCUGUCAGAUCCGAUCCAGCUUUUCUCCGCUGACGAGCCCGUCUGGGUCUUUCCGUGGUUCAGCCUUCGGGUCGUUCGCUGCUGACUGACGUCGACUGAAUUCGACUCAAACAUGUCAACACGUCACUGAGUCACUGAGACUCGUUUCUCAACUAAACCUCCAGAAAGAAAAGUGAGCGAGUCACUAGAGGCUGUGGAGUUGACCCCGGGGUCACGGGCCUCUUCAGUAAAGUGGGCGGGGUCACAGGCUGCACAUUGAGAUAUUUAUGAGACGUGUGCUUGACAGUGAUUCCAUGGAUGAAGUGAGAAUAUAUUUUAAUUGUAGAUUGAAAAUGCUUGGAUUGUUUUUGCCCCCCCCCCCCCCCCCCAUGUGAAUAAUGUGGGAGCGUCCUCUCUGAUGUCACGGUAGCAGACGGCAGCGACCUUCUCUUUUUGAACUGGUCCUGGACCUGUUAGUUGAGCUCGCUCCUCGCACUCCGCUGAGUUAAAGGACGCAGAGAGUCGUGUGCUGUUCAUCUGGAUUUCAAACAAAAUGGAAUAAAAAUAAAAAAAUGAAAUAAACAACAAAAAAUCCUUUUGCACAAAA